AAACAAUAGGUUGUAAUGCGGAAAGAUCCUCGACGCGAACCAUGGAAUCCGAUAAAAGGAAAACAAUCCCCAUUUCCACAUGGACGACGGGUCUUUCGUGGUGGCGAGAACAACACGAAUAGCCAUCGUAAUCGAUCCGAUCCCCGAAACGAUCGAAGCGUCCCUCGUAGCAGUGCUCAAGCGCCCCCUGGGCAUAUCCCGAUCGAUAUUUCGUUCGGCAACUUUGACUUUCAAGAUAUGAAGAAUGUCGGGCAGCGUGGUGGAGGCAUGCGCGAGCUCGCGUCUCUUCUGCGGCAGGCUCGACGAAAAGUGGCCGGCCACAAGCAGCUCCUUCAUUCGCGGGAAGGGAUUCAGCUUCGCAACCGCGACCUCCUCAGCGCCGCCGCGCAGCGGGCGGCGGGAAUUAAGGUGAAAGAUGAUCCCCAGCGACUGGCCAAAUCGAUUGCGAAGCGGAAGAGCAAAAAGCGGCAAUCCGCCAAGCGAUGGGCGAAACGCGUGAAGCAUCUAGAGGACUCGGUGGAGAAUGUGGUGAAGGAUCGAUCCAACGCGAAGAACAUGCAUCGAAUGCGCAGGGAAGCCUCGAAAAAGGAGAAAGCGAAGCGGCGAGAGGCAAUUAAGGCGGUGAAUAAAGGCAGUGCUGUUGAAAAAAAAGGGAAUGCCUCCGCCGAAGCCAAAGGUGCACGAAAAAGGCCAUCGGGGCGUGGUGGGAGAAAAUAG